AUGAAACUCUGGACAGCUUUCUUUGGCCCUCGCCUUUACACUAAAUAUGGCGAACGCCGCGAAGAGACAAAAAUCGAGAUGAUCGGCAACAAUCUAUUAGCAAUCGGCAAAGGAUUUUGGAGGACCGUCAUUGGGAUUUGGCCGCUGGCCCUUAGUGUUCAAUUGUGGCGUGGGUCGAUUACAGUGCAGAAUUUCCAAUUCUGGAUCUAUUGGACGGUAGUUGGAGCUGUGGUUGGAUUCGCGGCUAGAUUUUUUGGCCGAAAGAUUGACGAGCAAUACAAGAAAUUCGCCGUGAUUUUUGAGAAAGCCCAAACCGGGGACAGUCAAUCUUUGGCAGAACUAAAGUCUUAUGACUAUGAUAUGGGCGCGGCCAACCUCUACGACUUCCAGGCUGCCGAAAAACAACUGUGGUAUUAUGCAGCACCACCACACCCGGCUAAUCCGCUUGUGAAGCUUAUUUCAUGGCUUGCCGUCAAAUCUUUUGGGCUUGGGGCAAUGUUCCCAGGAUCGUUCCAACUUCUAUUUGCAUUCGCCCAAGACCAGAUUCUGGAGAGUCGCUCUAAAUUGAUCACCGAGAGGAAUGGAAAACGCUCUGUUUUAAAGACAGCAGCUGGAGAUCUUAUUGAUACAAUCUAUUUGGAUGCAAGAAAGUCCGGACAACACUACGGGCAAAAGCUCGUCAUUUGUUGUGAGGGGAACGGGACUUUCUAUGAAUUUGGCAUGAUGACGGUUCCGAUGGAAAAGGGACAUUCAGUCAUCGGUUGGAAUUAUCCUGGCUUCAUCCAUUCCACCGGAUCCCCAAUGCCUAAAAAUGUCUUGGCCGCAGCUGAUGCAGUCAUGCAAUAUGCUACUGGCCCUCUAGGAUGGAAAGAAGAGGACAUUGUAAUCUAUUCCUGGUCCAUUGGUGGAUUUGCCGCUAGUUGGCUGGCCGCUAACUAUAAAAAAGUCCGCGCCCUAAUCCUUGAUGCUACUUUCGAUAAUGUGCUUCAUUUGGCUGCUAUUAGAAUGCCGGGCAUACUAGCCCCUGUUGUCGAGUGCGCCAUCAAGGAACACUUGAAUUUGGAUGUUGAAUCAAAUUUGCGUGAAUUUAAGGGGCCAGUCAGGAUCUAUCGCCGAUUGAGAGAUGAUAUGAUGUGCACACUUUUCGAGGGGUCAGAGGAGGAUAUCUUAGCCAGUAAUAGAACCAAUUAUCUGCUGAAGGCAAUUAUGCAAAGCCGGCAUGCAGACAAAAUCCGCAGCCAUCCGGAUGCGAUUGAUAAUUGGUUAGCCAUGAGUCCUUCAUCAAGGAAGCGAGCUUAUGACCAAGCCCCGAAAGAAAUCCGUGACAUCUACUUCCUAUGUGAAUACUAUUUCGUGGACAUUCCCGGGCAACAUAUUGGUCCACUUCCGGUCUCCAGCUUUGAUUUCCCGGCCCCGAUGUUGAUG